AUGGUUAAAAGCCCGCACUCAACUUACUAUGAUCCCCGCCUGCGACAGGGCGCCGCGCUCGUGCGAGCACGCAGACCGUAUCUUUUCAAGAAUGCCAUCACUGGCCUUGGUCUCCUAGGUGUGGUUGGAAAUUGGUAUACCCUCAACGCCGUUGGCCAAGACAAUUUCGAAGAUGUCAAGGUUCCCGAUGCGCCCAAGUCCGCCGCUUCCAAGUAA